UAUUUUGUUCUGUUUGUGUUUCAGUGCAACAACACCUGGGCUACUGGAUCCCGGCUUACUCUCUCACCUCCACAAAACAUGGUGGAAUGCAGAAAGUAGGAACACUCUCCAAUGGGGUUUUUAUGCCAUUAAUUGGAUUUGGAACAUACAAGAUUCGUGGACAUGAGAUAAUUUCCUCGGUUACGAAGGCUGCGCUACAAGCUGGCUACACAUCCUUUGACACAGCUGCCAUAUACCGGAAUGAGAGUGAAUUGGGUGAAGCUUUAGAAAAAUUCCUACCCGAGGUGGGCCUUACGAGAGAGGAAAUAUUCAUAACUUCCAAACUGAGUCCUAGUGAUCAGGGGCGAGAGAAGUGCAAAGAAGCUUUUUACUUAUCUCUUUCCAACUUGAAGCUCGACUACCUUGACCUGUUCUUAAUUCACUGGCCUGGAGUCAAGAAUCUCAAGCCUGAAGACCCAAAAAACCGAGAAUUGCGGAAUCAGAGUUGGGCUUCCCUGGAGGAGAUCUACAAAUCUGGCAAAGUUCGUGCCAUAGGUGUUUCAAAUUAUUCUGUGGCUCAGCUGAAAGAUCUGCUCCAGCAUGCUUCAGUUGUGCCUCAUGUAAACCAGGUGGAGUACCACCCACAUUAUCUUCAAAGUGAACUGAAGCAGUUUUGUUGCAGCCAAGGAAUUACCUUUCAAGCGUAUUCCUCCCUGGGAACCACAGUGAAGGAGAGCCCACUGUUACAGGACCAAAAGGUCACCAGUGUAGCCAGUAGGCUGUCACGUUCUCCUGCCCAGGUGUUGCUCCGUUGGGCUACACAACAGGGUGUUGGUAUUCUUCCUAAAUCCACUAAUGAGGAGCACAUCAGAGAAAAUAUCCAGUUGGACUUUGAUUUAAGUGCAGAGGAUUUGGAGGCUCUCUCCAAUUUAAACAUAAACAAAAAAUACGCCUGGGAUCCAUUAGUUGUAUUUUAGUUACCAAUACUGUAUAAUUGUUACACUGACCUUACUACUGUACGUGCAGUAAAUUGAAUCUAUAAUCUUGAA